AUGAAGCCAGUCCCCCUCCUGGUUCCGGUGCCCAGCACGCUUCUCCCCGGCAUGUGUAAACGGGCCGCGCCCGAGUCAGAAGAGCCGGAAAUCGGCCCGUGCCCUCGCGCGCCGGCGGUUGUCCGAGCAACCGUAACUUUUUCCGGCGAGGAAGUGUUCCUACUCCUGGUUGAGGCGUGGGGUGGCCCCGUAGUGAGCGUGGCUUUCAACUCGUGGCCAGAUGCAGUGAGUUGGGCCCAAGGACACCCCAGCCACCUCGACACGCCACCCAACAUCUACGAGGGGGGACUGGGGGCCCAGCAGCAGCAGUGCCCCAGUGCCCAGGGAAGCAAGCCCAAGAACUUCCGGCUGCGCCACCUCCGGGGCCUGGCUCUCUACCUGCCGGGUCACAUGCAGCUCGCCAGCCAGUGUGAGAGCCACUGGCUGGGCCGGCUCAUGGCUGGGGGCUGCCUCCCACAGCCCGAGGGCAUGCAGCAGACUCUGGGCCCAGGUAAUAGCCACUGCUCAGCCCUUCUGGAAGCUCAACUGUCCAGGGAUAGCCUGGGAAAUACAGCUUCCAGUUCCAGCACGGACCCAGCCAAGGGUGCAUCCUCCCAGCCUGGUCCCCCCAAAGUCUUGGGGCUCAGGCCCAAGAGGUCCUGGGGGACCUCAGAGGAGUCUACAUGCCCCUUGUGCAAGAGAACCCGCUCUGGGGCUCUGGAGAGGCCAUAGGGAUCUGAGUGCCAGGGCUGGUUCUCCUAGCUCAGGACAGGAGGGGAAAGGAUAGCCCAGGAGGAUGGGGAGGCAGGUCCAGAGAGGAGUGGCUUAGCUCCCACAGCAGGCCCCCCAUAUCGAGACACCCUGGCAGCUGCCCAGCGCCAGAGCCUGGGCCAGCCUGGGGAAAACUCGAGGCGGGAGGGAGGCAGAGGCCUGGCGGGAGGGACAGAUAAAAUAGAAGCCUGGGUGUGCUCUUGUAGCCUGCUCCAACUCAAGUCGGUCACUUGUACCCGGGAGGCCGGGUUGAGCCGAGACUUGGCCAGAGCCCGCAGGUCUAAUCUCAAUAAAAGCCAAGCCCUGCACCUUCUGUCUCUCAGUCUCUGUCAUCAGGGCAAUGCAGUCAGAGAGAAACAGCCUCUUGGCACCUGUGUUCUGAGAGCAAGGUGUAGA